CUCAGCUAACAAACAACUUCCCGGGUCACCUUGUACAUGCGAAAAGUGACAGCAGUACCGAUUAGUUGGCACAAAGCUGAUAGUUGUUCGUUGUUUUUGUAAAAAGCGUGUGACAUUUGAGCCAAAUUAACUCGAAAUUCGUGUGUUUAUCGUCCACUUUUAAGUUACGGAAAAUGGUGUUUUACUUCACAAGUGCCGGUGAGUGAUGCUACAGAGUUAGCCUCGAUGCUAGCUCUUAGCCCCUUCAUUUUAAAGCUUAAUAUCUCACUUAAAAGACUUUUAUCUGUUAUUUAACUUGUAUUUGUCUACUGUUUUCUCUCUCAGUGGUGAACCCUCACCACACAAUCUACAUGGGAAAAGACAAGUAUGAAAGUGAGUGUGUUGACGGGUCACAGAGACAAACUCUCCCUGUUGUCACUUAAUCUGAUGAACUAAUCUUUGUCAUUUAACGUUGAAUAAACUCUUAAUAGUUGUGUUUUUACACUUUCAGAUGAGGAUUUAAUAAAGUAUGGAUGGCCUGAGGAUAUUUGGUGAGACUUUUAUCUCUUCUUUUCUAACCUUCACUCAGGGAAAAGAUGGUAAAAUAACUAAGAAUGUAAUAUUUUAUCAUGUCUUCUAUUAUAAAUCAUGUUUGUCAGGUAAACAGAAGUAUGGUGCUGAAAAUGAAAAAUAGUCUGUUGUUAUCCUUCUGACUGGUAGGAUUCAGCUGUGGUGUUGCUGGAGGAAGAAAUCUAUAUUCUAACUAGGGAUGCAGGAUAUUGAAUUUUUGUCAAUAUCUUGUAUGUUAGUAUUUUGAGCCCCAUUUCAGUCAAUGCCAAUAACAAUGUAUCCAUAACAUGUUCCCACCAAGCUGAAAGGCUUAUUGAGAGCAGUGUUCAAACUCUUUAGAGAUUUUUCCUGAUGUUUGGGAUAAUGCUUCUUGAAAUGCACAGCUAUCAAUGAUAUGUUGAUAAUAUUGUGCAUUCUUAAUAUAAUGUUGAAACAAUAUAACACUGCCAGAUAACAGAUACUUCUUACUAUUCGACUCUCCACUUCAUGAGUCCUCAUGGUGGUGCUGAUGACAUUCAUCCUUCAUGUUACCUUUGAGGGGGCAUUUUGAAUUCUUGAUUUAAUCACAACAAACAUUUUUUUAACUGUCUUUUAUAAAUGAGUAGAAUCACGCUAUCCUGGUGUAACUGCAAUUUUGAGCCAAGUAUCAGUGCAUGAGUGACUCUGUGAUCUCAAGCCUCAAUUGAAAUAGAUAAUGUACUUGCAAAUAUACUUGAAAUAUUAAUCAGAUAGUUUCCUGACCUUGUCCCUUUUUUCUAUAAUCAGGUUUCACGUGGACAAGCUGUCCUCUGCUCAUGUUUAUCUAAGACUACCAAAGGUAAGAAGUUCGCAGUAAACCUGGAACACUCACAUUCGAGGACAUCAUCUUAUCUUGAGUUUAGUUGUAUUUUUAAUUAGUAUUUAUUCAGAUGAGUUUGCUUUCUAUAUAUUUAAGUUUCCUUUAUCUGUCGUGGAUUUACAUGUAACUGUGUAAAACAGCAGGGAUGAGUCACAGUGAUGCCCAGGUAGUUUAAGUUUUAUAAACAAGAGGACACAGCAAACCUUUGCCUAAUCGGCCUUUAGGGUGUGCUGUUGCAUUGAGCAAGCAUUUGACUGGUUUUUGGAAUUCAAGUAUUUAAUACUGACUUUUUAACUCCAAAAUCAAUCAGACUUCAUUUUUAUAGCAGUUUUUUUUAAUCAGAAUCUAUUACAAAGAGAUUUAAAUAAACAGAAAGUCAAUAAAACAUCCAAACCUCCUUAUGUAUGCAAAAGAUUUAACAUUGAAAAAAUCAACAAAGAGUUACAGGAUUAAAGGUCAAAAUCAAACAAAUGACACAAUAAAUAGGAAGAAAAAUCACCUUUUUUAACAUCUAAUUCUAACAUUGAACACACGUAGGGAAUAAGAGUGUCAAACACUGUGCAAGCACUAUUUUCAAAUAAACUUUAUUCACAGACUGUCAAUUACAACAAGUCUUUAAAGCAGCAGUAACAAGGCACUGUUAACCAGAAGUAAAGAAGAAAUAUUGCUAUACUGAUGUAGAAUAAAAUAAAACAAAUAACAAAUAAUUACCUUAAUUCUACAACAUCACAAAAAAAUAACUGUCAGCAAUUGGUACAACAUUUUAGUGUCUCCAGGCUGGAUUUUAUGUGAGCUAUGAAGACUGUAAAGUUUGGUUUCUGUUAUUUGGUAUUUUGCUGAUAAAACAUAAAGCAAAAGAGUAAUGAUAUUCAAAUAACUUAAAAUGCUUUUAGGUAAAUCUGAUUGUUUAAACUGUGUGUGUGUGCGUUUCUGUUUCAGGGUCAGACAAUAGAUGAUAUUCCCCCAGAGGUGCUGAUAGACUGUGCACAGCUGGUGAAAAACAACAGCAUCCAGGGUAAAGAUCUGCUAAAGAAUAAACUUGAGAUUUACUAAUAAAUCUCGUUUUAAUGCUCAAGCAUGCCGUCUCAUGUCUCAUUUCUCCUGUAUCAUUUUGCCAGGCUGUAAGAUGAACAACAUCAAUGUGGUCUACACUCCCUGGGCCAACCUGAAGAAAACUGGAGACAUGGAUGUAGGACAGAUUGGCUUUUAUCGACAGAAAGAGGUCAGUAAAAUGAGGUGUGUGCGCGCUACAUCACCAAUCUGUUCUCCUCACUGAAACACCUUUCACACUCUCAUAGGUGAAGAUUGUUGCGGUGGAGAAGAAGGUGAACGAGAUCGUAAACCGCCUGGAGAAAACAAAAGUGGAACGCUUCCCAGACCUGGCGGCUGAGAAAGAGUCAAGGGACCGAGAGGAGAGGAACGAGAAGAAAGCUCAACUCCAGGAGCAGAAGAAGAAAGAGAAGGAGGAGCAGAAGAGGAAAAAGGAGAUGGAGGACCUCAGGUGCGUCCAGAACACUGAUUCUGUCUUAGAAAAUGUAACCAAAUAACCAGACUGCACUAUUCUUGAACUUAAAUUUCUGUGCUGUUUGAGGUCAAUUCUGGAUAAUCCUCAAUGUCAGUUUCCUCCAUAUCGAUUAAGACAAUUUUGAAAAGGAGCAAUAGCUCUAUUAAAAGUUGAUUUCUCUACAUUUCGGUUUCUCUUUUAUUUUCCAGGAACUAUACAUCGCUGAUGAAGUCUGAGAAUAUGAAAACCAAUGAGGUGAGGACAAAUUAAGACUCAUACAGGGAUGGUCAGAGUAUUUUUGAGAAGAGGUCAGGGUUCGAAUUAUUUUGACAGUCAAGGAUAUGCAUUAAUUAAACACAUAGCAUAGAUGUGCCACAGUUUAUUUGUAGGUUUCAGCUCACAAGCCUUUUAAAUUGACCUUGAAAUUCUUCUUUCUAAAGUGUGUGCAAAGGGCGUCAGUAUGUUCUCUAUCUGAUAACAGUAGCAGUGAUGUUGUCUGUAAUGUCCAACAAUAACUCUGUCAUUUCCAGGAUGGUUACGAUUCAGACGACUUCAUGUAAGCGUUAAAAGCUGAGCAGCAAGCAAACCAGAUCCUCCUCCACCCCUCAAACCUGCUGUCAGGAUGCUCCCCUGCUGCUUUUGUUUGCUGCAACUCUGCACUGACUUUGAGGAAAAAUAAAGACUAAAGGGUACCUUACUGCUUUUGGACACUUGGGGGCAGAAAGCAAGCCGAUGAGGGACAGCACCGGCACCUAUUCUACGUGCCAAUCGGCUCAGACGCUGCAUCCAGCUUCUACCAAGCUGACUGGCUUUCUCAUGGCGGGAUGACACUGUCGAAUAAACACAGAGCAACGGGAGUGAAUGCUGAGGAUUCACCUGGGAGGAGACUCUCAGAAAUUGUUUGAUUGGGUUUUCACGUCUAUGUUGGCUGAAAAAAAAAUAGCAUACAGGUGUUUUAAUAACCCUGAAUACCUUUGUGUUCUCUCCAUGUUGUCAUUUCUCUGCAUGUCAGAUUUUAUUAAAAAUGAUUCAAUGUAUGAAUUAAAAUCACACUUCAAGUUGCUUCUGCUGACAAACCCUCAUUUUUCUCUGGCAAAGCGCCCCAAAAUCAGUCCAGGUCAUUGUCAUUCAUUCAUUCAUACAUAGUCCUAGAGAUUGAGUUGGUCCUAAAUUAAAGUGUUUUUCAUUUGUUAGAAUCAUGAUAAUAUGACUUUUUAUUGACAUACUCUUAAAGCCUACAGAAUUUAUCACUACUUCACCCUAAAAGGAAAUAAAAGGUUGUGAAAAAGGGGUGUUAAAAAAAGCCCCCAGAGACAGUAAUAAGUUAAAAAAAAAGGACUCUUGUAUUAGAAGAGCUCUUUCAUAGGUCUUUAUUUGAUUUGAUCAAGAGAGGAUUUCUUACUUAAUAUCCAAGGUGAUAAAAAAAAAAAAAUGUGUCUUUUUAUGUUACCUUAAAACAUCUUUUACAGUCCAUUGAAAGCAAGUGAGUGUACUCUAAAUGAAAAAUGUUUUAAACAAUUAAAAAUGUGUUAACUGCAAAUUUAACAUGACAUUGUUUAGUUUUGAAUUGUAGCAGCUACCCUUCAAACAGGAAUGGCAAUGCAAUUAGAUAAAAUAAAACCAUCUCCCAGUGUGAAUAUUUAUGUUAAUUUUCUUUUAUUAAAUUUCACUUUUUGUUUUUCCUAAAAAACAGACCUGAAAUGUGAAGGUUGUAAGGCAGUUAAGAGCGUGCUUUGCAUACAGAAACACAUUUUUAAAAGUUAUCAUGUUAAAUGUUGAGAGAUUUAUUCUGAUUUUGUUCAUCCUCUUUUUCAUUAAAGAUAUUUGUUCCUGCUGUUUAAAAAUUAAAACUCAUCUCUCCUGAAAAUGGUAGCAGCAAAAGUUUUCAACACUCAAGUGCUAAAUCCAAGCAUUAGGCAUCACAUGAUUGUGUUUUUAAAGAUGAGGACUAAUAGGGAACGGGUUUUUCGAAAGUGAAUGUUUGUUCUGAUCAGAUAAAAUGUAACUUUGUUGUCACAACUUGAAUAAUAAAAAAGACACUUUCUGCUUUCUUA